CGUCCCGGAGAGCGCGCCGCCGCCGGACACCUACACUCGCCGGCCGCCUCCAAGUUCGCCGUCCGCUCCCCGUCCAGGAAAACCAGAACCCAUGGCUUUCUUUGCAGUCUCUCAAACAGCAUUCCUGUUAGCAGUGCUGUCCUGGAGAAUUUCCCAGAGUGAAGUCCUGGUUGAGCAUUUACCAUUGACUCCUGAGUCACUUACCGUUUCCAUCAAUUCUACACUUCAGCAUUUGCAUUUACAAUGGACUGUCCACGAGCUUCCUUAUCAGGAAUUACAAAUGGUAUUUCAAAUAGAGAUCAGUAGAUUUGAAACCUCCAAAGUCAUCUGGAUGGGUAAUUACAGCACCACUGUGAAGAGGAACCAAGUUCUUCACUGGUCCUGGAAAUCUGAGCUCCCCUUGGAAUGUGCAACACACUUUGUAAGAAUAAAGAGUACAGUGGAAGAUGCCAGGUUCCCGGAGCUGAGGUUCUCGAGCAACUGGAGUUCAUGGGAGGAAGUUCAUGCCCACACUCCUGGACAUGAUAUCAAGUUGAUAUUCCCCAGAGAUAAGCUGGUGGAAGAAGGCUCCAAUGUCACAUUUUGUUACAAUGCUGGGAUAAAUCAAAACUUAUCCUGCUAUUUGGAUAGCGAACUGAUUCAUGGAGAACAACUUUAUUCAAAUAUAUUCACAUUCAAGUUGAAUAAUGUUCCUUUCAUUAGGGAAGCAGGGACGAAUGUCUACUGUGCAGUGAAUUAUGCACUCAAGGAUGGCACCGUUCUCUUUGUGUCAAAAGUGCUUGAGGAGCCCAAGGACUUUUCUUGUGAAACCCAGGACUUCAAGACUCUAAACUGCACCUGGGAUCCUGGGGUGGACACUGGCUUGGUUUUUGAUGGACAGCCUCCACAACACUACACUUUAUUUGAAUCGUUUUCUGGAGAAAAGAAAUUUUGUGAACACAACAACCAGUGCAGUUGGGAAAUUUCUCCAGAUUUGCAAGAAACCUACAACUUCACACUGACAGCUGAAAACUACUUAAGGAAGAGAAGUGUCAGUACAAUUUUUAACCUGACUCAUCGAGUUCACCCAAAAGCUCCCAGUAGUGUCCAUUUUAAGAAUAUAGGUGCCACAAAUGCCACAAUGACUUGGAAGAUACCUGCCCUUGGGAAUUAUUCCACACUUCUGUGUCAGAUUGAACUCCGUGAUAAAGAAAAUGCACUACAGGAGCACAAUGUCUCCAUCAAGGUGAACGGCGAGUUUCUCUUCAGUGAGCUGAGGCCUGACACACAGUAUGUGGUCCGCAUUCGCUGCGCCAAUGCCAAACACGUGUGGAAAUGGAGCCAAUGGGUCACUCAGCCCCUCGUCACAGCAGAAGCCGUUCCCUCCAAGGCUCUUGAUGUCUGGAGAAGAGUGAAGUCAGAGAAAGGACUUCUUCAUGUGACCAUAUUUUGGAAGCCACUAUCAAAAUUUCAUGCCAAUGGCAAGAUCCUAUUCUAUAAUAUUGUCACAAAGCAGCUAGAUAAAAAAUCUGAGUUAAAGUUCCAGUCUAUUCCUGCACCAGCCAAUGGCACAGAACUAACUCUCAACCAGGGUUCUUACCAAAUCCAAGUCACGGCCAACAACAGUGUGGGUACUUCCCUUGCCUCGGAGAUUGUCAUAUCUAGAGACUCUGGGAAUGAAGAGGUGGAAGAAGAAAAAAUUAAUGGAACCAAGGAUGGGUUCCAUAUGUCUUGGAAACCCCAAUCUAGAGGCAGGACAGGAUAUGUUGUGGACUGGUGUGAGCAUCAAAGGAACCUGCACUGUGAUUUGCAGUGGAAGAACCUAGGUCCCAAUAACACAAGUACAGUCAUCAGCUCAGAUGCUUUUAAACCAGGGAUCCGAUAUAACUUCAGAAUUUAUGAACUAUCUACAGAAAAGAUUGCUUAUUUAAUAGAGAACAGAACAGGUUAUAUUCAGGAACUGGCUCCUUUGGACAGCCCUGAAGUGAAAGCCCUUAACUUGACAUCCCACUCCUUCACGCUCAGUUGGAAGGAUUAUGACACUGAGGCUCAGCGUGGUUUCAUACAAGGCUACCGGGUCUGUCUGAAGUCCAAGGCCACUCAGUGCCAUCUAGAUGCUGUAGAGGAGCUUCUGCCAGAUAAUUCAACAUGUUGUAAACACGACAUCAGCAACCCAAAACAAAAGACAUUCCUUGUGGAAAAUCUGCAACCUGAAUCGUUCUACGAAUUUUUUGUCUCUUCCUACACAAGUGCCGGCGAGAGCCCUGUUGGAACUUUCACAAAGGUCAUGACCCAGGAUGAACACUCCCACAUGCUGAUGCGUAUCAUACUGCCUAUGGUUCUCUGUGUCUUGCUCAUUGCAGUCAUGUGCUACUGGAAGAGCCAGUGGGUGAAGGAGAAGUGUUAUCCUGACAUUCCAGAUCCUUACAAGAGCAGCAUCUUUUCAUUGAUAAAGUCCAAGGAGAACCCUCACUUAACAAUCAUGAAUGUCAAAGACUGCACUCCAGAUGCUAUUGAAGUUGUAAACAAAUCCGAAGGGACCAAGACACCGUUCAUAGGCACUGGGAAGACACUCACAGAAAGUGAAUUCCCCAAGCCUGCCAACUUCUACCUGCUGCCAGCCCAGGAUUCCUCUGUCCCUGGCCCCUGCAUCUCUUUUGUGAACCACACCUAUCGUGAGACAGCCUGUGACUCUAGCUCCUGUGCCCAUACUCCAGUAACUGACACAGCCUUGCCAUGUCAGCUGCGGCUGUUGGCCUCUCCUGAUAAUUUACAAAAGACACUAGAAAAAACACACAGAGAUUCCCAGGGGGAAAUCCCAGCUGGAGAAAUUAGUUUGAAUUAUGUGUCCCAGUUGGCUUCUCCCGUGUCUGGAGACAAGGACAGUCUUUUGAUAAGUUCACCAGUGCCAGUACUCUGUUCAGAGUAUAAAAUGCAAACGGUAGUACCCUCUUGCCUUGAUUCAACUGUCCUUAGUGAUAAUGGCAGCCUCUCUUCAGUGACUCUUUUAGGUCAAGGUAAACACUACAAUUAAUCAGCACAGACCCAGUUCACAUGCUACACAGAUGCCAACAGGAGGAUCCAGGCACCAUCUCAUCUCCAUUUUUCCUAGUCCUUAUCCCAGCAAACUGUCACUGUACGCGAGUCUAAUCUAGGUAAGGCAACUAGAGUUUGGCUAGAAUAGAGGCAAGAAGCUGUGGAACUUAACACUCCCUUGGGAUCAUGGGAAUAUUCUGACCUUGUUGCCAUUUGUUCUAGGUUCAUCUUUUAUCACAGUAGACCUGAACUUGACAUUGGGAAUAGCAUUAACCACUCACUCCACAGACUCUAUGUACUCAUACUGUACUGGGUGGCUGUAGUCCUAGCUCAGUUUUUAGUAGAAAAUAGUUCCAUUAAAAUUUACUCUCAGACUUAAUACCUUAAUAGGUUAUUUUAAAGCAAUUAGAUUAUAGGCUUUGACAAAGGCCACAGAUUACUAAAGCAUAAAUGUGAAUUUAUUGUCACUGAAAAAGAUGUUUGAGACUAAAAACUGAUUUUAGACUUGCCUUUACGUAGUAAGAAUUUAUAAUUGACCAGUAAAAUCAUCUCUUUAAGGUACACAAAUCUGGACUGAGGAUUUACCU